AUGAAUCCGUUAGAUAAAAAUAGUUUGUCCGAGUCAGAGAGAGAUGUGUUGGACGGUAAAACCAUACUGGUUUUAGGAGAUGACCAAAUAAAUUGCAAAUGGAUUCGGACUACAUUGAUGAAUUAUGGAAUCAAGAUCAUCCUUGUUGACCACAAACCGUGUAUUUUUCCACCAGAAGAUGUAUACAAAUACAUCCAGUAUGAUUUUACUGAUCACAGACAGGACGAAAUCCACGCCGUUAGAAUAAUUGAGAAAUUGGCAGCUGAUAAUUUCUCAAUAGAUGGGUGUUGUACAUUCACAGAUGCAUGUGGGGUACUUGCUGCUUAUUUAAGUGAGAAGUUGGAACUAAUUGGGGGUGCCGGCGUAACGGCAGCAAGCAUUGCCCGGAAUAAAGGUUUAACACAAACUUACCUGCAAGAACAAACUGAAGGCAUUCCUCGUUUCCCUAAAACGUACAAAUUUACUGGCAGGACUGCUUCGUUUGCAUGCGAAAACACGUUGAGGUCCGCAAUGAAUACCAUUGGAUUUCCUGCUGUAUGCAAACCAAACGAAAGUGCACAUGCAAAUGGCGUGAUGUUGAUUCGGAAAGAGGAUGAGGGUCGACAUCUGUACAAGAAACUUGCUACUUUGCUUGAAGAUGGAAAAUCAAUGAUGUUGAUGGAAUAUUUCGAUGGCACUGAACACGACAUCGAGGUUAUUAUUUAUCAAGGAGAGAUAAUUGCCGCCAUUGUUUCAGACAAUGGUCCUACUAGACCUGGAUGUUUUAUUGAAACAUCUAUGUCCAUGCCAUCAUGUCUACCUCCAACAAAAGUGGCAGAGCUCAAGAAAGCAGCAUCCGACUGUUGCAAUGAUAUUGGCCUGCGUAACGGCGUUUUUAACGUAGAAAUGAAGUUGACAUCGACAGGACCCAAGCUGCUCGAAAUCAAUGGACGCAUGGGUGGAGAUUAUGUACGAAAUUGGAUGCAUACCUGUUACGGAGUCGAUCUGCUCUGGUAUGUGAUAGCAAUUGCGGCAGGGAUCCGACCAAAUGUUCCCAAAGAGAAUACAACCGUCCAUAUGAUGGGCAUUACUUGUGCUUUACCUGUGCAUCAGCAUAUUCUGAGUCACACCGAUUUUGGUAUCAAAGUUGCAGAACUCGUUCAAUCCGGUGCAAUUCAGUUUUUUGGCGAGACAAACUGCGGUAGUACAGAAUAUAUAUCCCAAAAGAGCGUUGAAUUUUGUAAUGUUGCAGUGGUGAAACACGACUUGCAAACGGCUAAAUCGGCACUUCUUCACGUCUGUGACCUACUAGGUAUUCACACCGCACUCUUUGAUGUACCGACUUAUCUUUCAGAUUUUGUUCCGCAUCAAUAA